AGUUAUUGUUGAGGUCAGACUGUUCCACAAAAGGGAAAAGAUAAUAAAGAAAAGGAUUGCCGAAAUGUCAUUCCAAUAAUCUCCACUCAACGUAUGCUGCUGUGAAUUGUAUAAGUACCCAUGCCAAGUCUUCACAACCAUGCACAUUCAUUCAAACUUCAUUAACACAACACCUGCUUUAAUCCUAUAACCUCUAAAGAAAACCCUUAAGAGACCAUCAGCUAGCAAGAUGAAGGCAGAUGCUCCAGUGGUGCUUGGUGAGCCAAAGGGCUAUACCGCGCAGAAAGCUGGUGUGAAACGAGGGAUUGCCAUUCUAGACUUCAUCUUGAGGCUUGUUGGCUUCAUUGGUACCUUGAGUAGUGCAAUUAUGAUGGCGACCACAAACGAAACUCUUCCCUUCUUCACUCAGUUCAUUCGUUUCAGGGCCGAGUACAAUGACCUUCCAACAUUCACGUUCUUUGUGGUAGCAAACGCUGCCGUGAGCGCCUAUUUUCUAUUAUCGCUUCCACUUUCAAUCUUCAACAUCCUGAGGAGCUCUGCAAAGAACAGUAGAAUCAUCCUUAUCAUAUUUGAUACGGGGAUGCUGGCUUUACUGACAGCAGGGUCUUCAGCUGGGGCAGCCAUUGUGUACUUGGCACACCGAGGGAAUACGAAGGCAAACUGGCUAGCCAUCUGCCAACAGUUCAACUCCUUCUGCGAGCGCAUCUCAGGAUCCUUGAUAGGAUCUUAUGUUGGAGUCACCGUGUUCAUAGUCCUGAUACUGCUGUCCGCUUCAGCCCUUGCUCGCCGCUAAAUUAGAGAGAACAAGCAUCGUUUACUUUCCAAGAUGCAAAUAUGAAUUGUGGUUGUACGUUUGUUUUGUGUAAUGUGCUGUGUGAGUGUGAUGAAGAAGAUUUACUGCUUGUGAAAGGUUGUUAUGCUCAAUGUAGUCAAAAUCCCGAUUUUAAUCUUAAAAUCUUACGAUUUUACGAUCUUACCUAUGGGUUCCGAUCCUGAUUUUACUGUAAAAUCUUUGAACCUUAAAAUCCCAUAAAAUCCAGAUUUAAAACUCUAAUAUCCAUGAAAUCUACGAUUUCUACGAUUUUGUACGAUGUCAAGGUUCUUGGGUUAUGCCCAUGAACCGAGUCAAAUUUACUUUCCCCAACCCAAUAUAAUGAACAACACAACCCCAACCUGAUAGUUAACCCUCAAUUUAUUUUCAUUCUCUUCCUCGUAUCUUCCUCUUUCGCACGUCGGUGCCCAACUCCUUCCAUCAACGAAUAUCUUCCACCCUCCCAAUUAGCUUGUAGUUUGUUCCCACCACCCUCACAAUAAUCCAAAUCUCCAUUGCAAGCUUUUGUUCAUCUCCCAAUCCUUCAGCACCACUAACCCGACCUUUUAUCAAUUAAGAAGGGAAUGCAUCAAUCAAUGAGUUAUCUUUUCCAAAUGAUGGCAAUCAAGGAAAUAUGGUUAAUGGUGAAAGUACUUCAAGUGAUCAUAAGAGUAAUGAUAUUAGUCCUUAAACAAAUAAAAACGAUGAGAGUGAGGUUGGGGAUGAUGACGAUGAUGUGUAAGCGAUGUUAAUGUUGAUCCUAAUGAUCUUAUGUGAUUUUCUACUCUUAACAAUUAAUUAACAGUGAUAUC